GCAUGAUCCUUAAAUAGUCUAGAUUUCUGUUUUCUACAGUUAUUUUUGAUCUAAAGGGUGAACCUAUAUAAUUCCAGAAACCUAAAUAUGUAAGUAGUAAUAAAGGUAACAUACUUAGAGUCAAAUGGCUUCAGAAAUAUUUUAUAAGAUGGUUAAAAUAGAGGGUAAAUUUGAGAAAAACAACAUUGAUAAUUUCCUACAAUAAUAAUUAAAAGAAUAGGAAUUAACCAAAAUCAAGCGAAAAGAGGUAAAUAAAUCACUACUAAUUCAUAGUUUUUAAUAAUAGGUACUUUUUUGUACAAUUAUAAUUUUGUUUAGGAAGAUCAAAUGUGGGCAAAUCUAGUUUAUUAAAUGCUUUAUUAGGAAGGAAUGUUGCUGAAACUUCGAAUUACCCUGGGAAGACAAGAUCCUUAGACUUUUAUAAUUUAGGUUAAUCAAAGGUGAUAGUUGAUUCUCCCGGAUAUGGUUUUGCAAAGGGGAAUAAGAAGGAUGUACAAAAUUGGGGAUAUCUUAUGCAAUAUUAUAUCAAAAACUCUCCUUUCUUAAAAUAAUCGUAUGUUCUGAUUGACAGUGAGCAUGGGUACUUAAAAUUACAUAAUCAUCAUCAGAUUUAAGGAUGUGGAUGCUAUGACACUAUAAUUGAUGUAAAGUUUGGAAAAGCCAUUUACAAUUGUAUUCACAAAGUGUGAUAAAAUUUCCAAAAUUGAUGAAUUAGUUUAGAAAAGUAGAGAAAAAUUGGAAAAGCAUAUCUAUUCGUCUCAAGUGCUUCAUUUUACAAGUGUGAGGUAAUGUAAGCAUUUUAAUUAAUAAGAAAUAGAUCUGGUCUAGUUGAAUUAUAAUAAAGUAUAGCCUUCUAUUGUGAAUGA